CUGGGCGUAUGCCACCAGUAACUAAGCAACCAAUACAAGAGGAAAUUAGUAUAGUUUUCAGUGGGAGGUCACGCGAUCCACGAACAAAGACAUUCUUGUUUCCUUCGAAGUUUCUACAAGCCGUAGAUCUCCGCUAAUUGAAACAGCAUAAAGAUGGUGGCCCAUUCUAGAAUUCUUCUCUCUAAGUGUUCCGAGUUUCGUAGAGAAGGUGAAUUUAUCGACAUACGUUUAAAAGUGGGUGAUACACUUUUCCCAGCUCACCAAGUUGUUCUUGCGUCGUAUAGCGAUUAUUUCCGCGCCAUAUUUACUGAUGGGAAAGAAGCGAACCAGGAACUGAUUGAACUGACCGAAGAAAGGAUUUCACCGGAGAUAUUCAAGAUCAUUAUGGACUUCAUCUACAGUGGUGACCUUCAUGUCAACCAGAAGAGCGUAUUUGAGGUUCUUCUCACAGCUAGUCGGCUUCAAAUCGCGAGUGUUGUUCAACUGUGUUGUGAUUUCGUAAAGAAGGAAUUCAUAGAAAAUGGAAUUGACCUGAAGAACUACUCCAUGCUGUGUGCAGCCGCCGAAAGACUUGGUCUGACAGAUCUGCAAGAGGCCGCGGAGGCCAAGAUGGCAUCCAUUUACAAAGAUGUUUGCGAAAGUAAAGAAUUCCUUACUCAUAUCAGUGCAGAUCAAUUGCUCAACCUUCUUGGUCGAGAUGAUCUCAAUUCACCCUCUGAAGCUUUCGUCUUUAAAUCAGUGAUGAAGUGGAUCAGAUACAAAGGGGAAGAGAGGAUGCCAGUUGCUGGGAAAGUUAUCGGAGCUGUUCGUCUGGGGCUAGUAGACGUGAAGAUUGUGAUUAAAGAGUUGAAAACAGAAGAUAUGCAGCGAAUUCCCGAGGUGAACAUACAUCUGCAAGAAUCCAUGAUGCAUCACUUUGUGCCUUCACAUGAAUUUGCUGAAGAGAAAAUGAAACCAAGAUCAAUGCGUCAGGUAAUAAUUUAAUUAAAGUCAUCUUGCAUUUGUCUGUUUAUACAAAAAUUGCAUUCAUUGUUCAUGGCGUACCUUCUUCACUCGACAAAGGAGAGCCCGGUUUCAUAGACUCUCUUGACCUUCUGACUUAGUUUAUUGUUGCCCAAUGUUGGUGGAGAAAAUCUUCUCGGCCGUGAGCAUUAAUGUAAUGCGUGAAAGAUCUUCCCUUUUUAAGAGAAGUUGUUAGUUUACCUUAUUCAGAGUUUUAAUCGGGUUUUUUGUGUUACACUCUCUUUAAACCGGCGAUCGGGUAAUGCAAUCAAGUCGCUCUGCCUACCACGUGAGUUCUGUGGAUGGAGACGAAAAAUUUCUUAUUUAAAUUCGUAGGACACUUUCUCCAUUGCAAAAUAUUACAACUAACUUUAUCCAUUUGACGAUGAUUCUUAACAAUGUCAGGGCUUUUAAGGUUUGCAAUGAACGGUCUUUCCUCUUGUGCAUGUAUUUCAUGUGCCUCGCCGCUACCACAGUGGUUUGCGAUGAAUAAGUAUACGGGCUUCCGUUUUCUUGAGAGUGUAAAGUGUUUUUUCCUAAAAAACCGUUGGAGUCAAACUCUAGACGGUACAGACUAGGAUUUCUUUGUUUUAUUUAUUGAUUCCAAGUUAACUGAUCAUGGAGCGAUCUUUUACAAUGGACCACUGAAAGUUUAACAAUCAUAUCAUUUUGUUCCCAGCUUUAGCCAAAGCCUCGUCCAGCAUAAUGAUUUCGGAUCACUUGCGUGCGUCAACGAGGUCAUUUUCAUUCUAAGUGUUUUUUUUUCAGGUUCUCGUGGCAAUCCAUCCUACUCGAGAUUUAAGGAGCGAAACAUUUGCAAAUGAGCGAAAGACCGGAGGCAAAAUAGAGGAGAAAGCGGUAAGCACUAAGUGCUGGACUUUCCCCUGUCAUCAGUCCGAAGACGCUUUUGCUCAAUAUUUUGAUGUUGACACCAAAUUGUGGAAGCCUUUGGCAUCGGUUGCUCAGCUGGGUGAAAUAACUGAUGUAUGUUAUUCUGCAGAAUUGGUUGGAAAUUACCUGUAUGUAGUCACAGAGGUGCAACAGCAACAGGGGUGCUUUGAAUAUGUUGUAUACCGUUAUCACAUAUUAAAUAACACGUGGGAGAAACUUCCAAAGUUGUAUAUAGGGGUAGACAGAGACAAAUCGCGCCGCCCGCCUAAAAUCUUCUUAUGCUCAGUCAGUGAAAAUUUGUAUGUCAUUGCUCCAUCGAAUCCUCCCCAAAGGUACGAUUUGAUCAAUAACGUUUGGCAAGCUGGGGAAAAGUUGAAUUUUCCCCAACAUGAAGGAAUUCUCCAAUUUCUUGCGGCGACAGUGAUGAAUCGUAAAAUAUAUGUAAUUCAUGAUUGUCAAGAUCGUAAGAAUGUCAACAAACCAGCGGUAUUUCAUUGUUUUGACCCAGAAAAAAAUGAAUGGGAACGUAAAGCUUCGACCUGCCAUCGUCAUUUUCAGUCUAGUAUUUUCGUAGUCAAUAACAGACUAUGUGUGGCAGGGAUUUCCAAUUCAAUAAGAAAUUUAAUGCGGAACCAUCCACCUGUGGAAUUGUAUGACGAACGUAAAGACACCUGGUCUGUUGUGGAGCAGAAACGUAUCCCGCCCAACUUAUUAGGUGCCUUUGAAAUUGAAAGGAGGGUGUAUUUCUUAAUAAACAAUUUUCCUAUUGACAGUGGUAUUAGAAUUCCUCCGGAGGAAAAUUUUCCUGUCCACUUAAGGGAUGAAUGGGGAAACUUAGCAAAAGUAAGUGAAAACGCAGUCUUGUGUUAUUUGCCUGUCAAGAAAGAAAACAUAAGAUAAAGGAAGCAGUGAUAAAUUUAAGGUAAAAAUUUCACGCAUAUAAAAAUCAGUUAAUGCAUGGAAUUGUAAAGAAAGAGGUCUAGAUACUUGUUUCAAUGUAGUUUACUGAAAAGCUAUAUUAUGGUACUCAACACUCACCAUUAAAAUUCACUGUUGUUUCAAAGGAGUGUUAAUAAGUGUACGAUAAAAUAGUUUAUUGUGUAGUUUGUGUUCCAUAUUAGCUAAAAGUACGGCACAUGACAACAUAAUUUGGUUUUCAAUACGAUACAUAAAUUGAGUAAAACUUUUUGGACAGCAUCGAGAGAAGUGAGGAGGAGUCAUGGAAUAAAGCUGUAGGUUAUGAGUAUGGCUCAUCGUAGUGCUGUAGAAAAAAGUAUAUCGACUUUCUUAGAUUAUUUUCUUAAACGCGUACUAAGUAUGCAAAUUGAAAACUGGCGAAGGCCAACAGAUCAUAACUUAAAGUGAUCUCAGUUU